ACUUUCAUUGCGCGUAAGCGGUAAAAAUACCAAUACGAGCGUCGCAGCAGGGGAGGAUUUUGUUUAAACAUAAUCGGGAUUGAAGUCACAGUGUAGUUCUGCUUAGCCAACGCGGGGAUAUUAUAUUACAUUUUCAAUUUUCUUUUCACUAUAUUGUUUCUUAUCGAUCUAAUUAAUGUUUGUAGUGAUUAUGUUGAUACCAUGGGCGCUAACCAGCAGGAAAUAUACUUGCUUUUGAAAGAUAUAUACGAGUAUCUUAAUAGAAAUAUAGAGGAAAUUGCCGCGACGCCUGAAGAUAGACAGUUAGCUGAAGAGUUGAUUAAAAGAUCUAAGAGCAAAUUACAAAUUAUUGCAUUAACCAAAAACAAGUUGACAAGAAAUCCUACCCUCAAAACUGAAAAUGAAUCAUGUGUUAGAAUAUCAAAGAUCACUGUGGACGAAAAUCCACCGCUUCCAUCGAAUAGAAAACGAUUACGAUUUCGGAUACAAAGAUCCACUUUCAAAUCAAUAUGUCCGUUUAAGAAUCAACCUGCAAAAGAGUUACCAAAGGGAAUAAAACAGGGUACAUUAUCGAUGCAUAGGAAAGUAUUUUCAAUUGAUCGACUGUCCAAAGUAUUUGGUGUAGUUCACGGAAACUGGUUGCUCUUGUAUUGGACCGAGAAAAACGUAAAACCUUUCCGUGCAUUAGAUUUGGAACUUUACGAGGCAAGGGAAGACCGCAAUGAUGCGAACAGUACGAUGUCGUUUACGGUUUUUUCACCAACGAUGUCAAAUAAAGAAUACAAUUUUCUUGCGAUAACACACAAGGACAUGCUGCAAUGGGUUGCCAUUAUAAAUGAAACCCAUGAAAGACUUCUGAAGAUAAAUACACAGACUGGAGAACAUAAUUAUGAAGAUUUAAGGUACUUUGAAGUAACGGAACAGGAAGGAAUUUACAGCGAAAUCAAUAACAAAUCAAUGCCAGCCUAUGAAGAUUUAGAUGAGAUAAUGAAUACUCCCCCCAAACUUCCUGCAAAAUCAGCCAAUCUUGUGCAGUCUGCCAAAAUUGAUUACAACGAUCAAGAAAUUUCCAACAGCGAGCUCAAAUCUAAAGCAACAGAAUUAUGUGAAGAAUUGGAGCAGCCCUAUGACGACGUCGUACUUGACGAACUUAAUGAGAGCAUAAUUGCAAAAAAUAAUUUUGUUGACUGUUCGCAACCUAAUUGUACUAUAUCCGCUAUUGAAGGAAAUAAAAAUAAUCAGCGUCAAUCUUCUAAUGCAGAUCGGGACAACUCCGCAUUAAAAACCCAACAAAUGAAUGAAAAUGGGUUUGAAACAGAUGAAAGCUAUAUCGAGAUUAAUUCAAUCAAUUGCGAAGUUAUAGGCAUGAACGUACAAGAAUUGGGGGCAAAAGAUAUUGACAACGACUAUUCUAUAACUUCAUCUCCUUUACCAGAAAAAGAAACGUCCGGGAACCACGAAAGUAGAGAUGAAAAGGUCGGAGGAGAACCAAAUAGGAGCCAAAUCAACAAAGCUUGGAAUAAUUUAAAGAGAAACGCUCAAAAUAAAUAUCUGAAAAGUCCUCAUCUAGAUAAAGGUAAAACUUUUCCCAAGGAAAAUAGUUCUAACCGAACUAACACAAGGGGUGUGACUGAUAAAGCUCUGACACCACAUCACACAAGUAACAUAGUGCAAAUAAUUAGAAAGAAAUUUGUGCCAAAAGAGUAUUCCGGUUGUUCCUUAGGAACCUUUUCGCGCAACUCAAAAUUGGAAACAUUUCAAGCUCGCCCGCAAAGUAAUUGCAAUGAAGCGAAUAAUGUGAAAUACUUGUGUAACACUACAGCUAGCAAGUCUAAUGAAUAACAAGAAGAAGCUUUCUCGCUAUUACGAGCGCGCAAAAAGUGACCAAAAGACACUGACAAAUUAAUAGCGCUUUGAAAAUAUUAUCUAACCUGGCAACAAGUAAAGGAGUUUACAGAUAUGUAUAUGCAUUGGGUGGACGAAGAAAGCGUGACUUUAAUAUGUGCUUAAUUUAAAACGACAUUAGGAUAAUUGUAUAAUCGAAGGUGUCCUUUUUUAGGACUAGCCAUCAAGAUAAUUGCAGGCUGGCCUGGAUUAUCUGUCUAGUCCGGCAAAUAUUACCAAGUGUCUGGAAUAUUGGACAUUUAUGUCGAUCUUCAACUUUUUUAAAUUUAACUCCGGGAUCUUCUAGAUGUAAAACAAGUCCAGUCUUAAAAUCAAAAUUUCGUUUCGUAUAGCGUAAGGGACGACAUAAGUUCUAUAUUUCGAAUGGGACACUCUGUAUAUUAUCGUAAUUUUCUGUUGAAUAUUGGUUUGUGACCAUUUUAUGCUUAACAAUUUAUAGGGCUACGUAGGCUUUGUUUAAAAAUUACUAUUUAAUAAUAUUAAAUAAAAUUUUUAAUUAUCUUCAAAACAGGUCUGCCAUAAAAUAUGUAUUAUUACUAUUUAACGUUUGUGAAUUAGCUUUGUACAGAGUAAUUUAGCCUAUUUUAUGUAAAGUGGCUUAUGACAUAUUUUCCAAUAUACAUAAUUCCAAUUAUAUUCUGUAUAUUAGGAUAUCCAAGGUUACCAAGCGUGUAGAUGGUUGAAAAUGGCACAAUAGAUUUUUAGUUGUUUCAAAUCAGAAAGCUGAUCGGUAAAUAAACAAAUUAAUAUUG